UUUUUAAGAUCCAAAUAUGGAAAAUAUUAUCUUAUAAUGUACUUUAAUUGUGCGAGUUCCUACGAUAUGUUGCAGAGAUUUAUCCGUGCCAGUCCCUAUUUAUCUGAGUAAAGCUACCUUGCAGCGAGAAAUCGACCAGUGCGCAGGUAUUUCGCGCAGGCCCAGUAUUUCAGUCCCAACCUGUCGUCUACACAGUAACAAGCCGCCUGCAUAUAUUCGCCAUAUUUUUUGCAUACAUUUGCAUCCUCACUCAUAUAUAUUGUGAUGUUUUUACGGAUUGUUUAAAGUAUCCAUGAAAGAUCACAUCACUGUUCUAAAUUUUCACCAAAAUGGAGGAGGAGGAAAGAGAAAAUGUCGAAUCUGGGAGUAUAGGAGGGUUUGCUGAAAAGAUCGCCCGUGAUCUGAUCAAAGAGACGAUCUCUGAGACUAACUCUGUUAAAAUAUGGUCAAUACCAUGCUCUUCAGACUGUCAUAAUCACCCAAAACAAGAAGGGUCUAAUGGUCAUAGUUCUGGUGGAUCUCUGUGUUGGAUUACUGAGACUUCAGAGCUGGAUCCUGAACCUUCUAGCUCCGGGACCUGUUCUGCACUCAGCGCUGGAACCUGCUCCGAGAAACCCACGUUAUUCUCCGACCCCGGGGAUAAACUAAACCUGACGUGUUCUCCUUCUCCCAGAGAAUGUUUAGAAUCUGAACCCUGUAAGGAAGACAGGCCUCCCUCAAUUAAUUCCCAUCCCGGAGACGGGACGGAUCUUGUUCAUCGACGGCUCAAGGUUCGGGAUCAGCACAAUCAACAGGAGGCUGCAGGAGCCUCAGGAGGUGCAGGACAUGGAUCAGAAGCUGGAGAGAAGGAAGAAGAGAAGUUUGAGUUUAGAAAUAAGUCUGAAGAGAAUUUAGUGUCAAUUCAUCGCAAUGGUAAAACACAAAGUUUGCGAAAAGGAUUGAGUGUUAACGAUAUUUCUGAGACCUCUUCCUUCAACCUACCCGGAGGCAAAGCAUCAUCUAAAAUAAAUUUAUUAAAAACACUUGGACUGAAGAAACCCAAAGACGAAGUGACACAAAGAUUAAGUGACGGGGAGGAUAAAGUGGGAGGAGGGAAUAAAAUGAAAGCAAUAAAGAAAACUUUAACAAACAUAUUUCAUUUUAAACAUCGUGAAACUGAACCCGGAGAGAAGAAAAGUUCUAGGUUCAAGAUUCCGUCCAAGAGAAAUAAAUCUCUUCCUCCUUGUAAACGAGCUCUACCUCCAGUGCCUGCUGUCAGAUUAGAAUCCAGAACUCCUUCUCCCCUCUCCGACCUGAACCUGGAGGAUGGUGAGGUUGGAUGGGUUGGAGGAGUUGUUCCGGAACCAACCCAACCUGUAGCUCCGGAAGAUGAGUCUCAAAUGGAUUUUGCAGCUUCCAUCGAGAAAGUGAAAGAUCAUGGUUGGUACUGGGGUCCAUUGUCUGGAGAAACUGCUGAACGUAUCCUUGCUACUGAACCUGACGGAUCCUUCGUGGUGAGGGACUCCUCGGACCACCACUACAUCUUUUCCCUCACCUUCAAACUCAACGGGUUCGUCAGACAUGUUCGGAUAGAGCACGAUCAGGGAAACUUUAGUUUUGGUAGUUUUACCAAGUUCAAGAGCAACACCAUUGUCGACUUCAUCGAGAACGCCGUGGAACAUUCUAGAUCCGGGAGAUUUCUUUUCUUUCUUCAUCGGAGACCGGUUUUGGGUCCCAUGCGGGUUCAAUUACUCCAUCCUGUCUCAAGGUUUAAACGUGUUCAAAGUCUUCAGCAUCUUUGCAGAUAUGUGAUCGUGAAACAUGUCCGAAGGGAUCACCUCGAUGAUUUACCAGUGCCAAAUAGAAUAAAACAAUACCUCAAUACCCCCUUCUACUACUCGGAACAGGUUGAAGAGGAGGAAGAGGAGGACGCUCUGCAGCAGCAGCUUGCUGACCGGGAAAACGUUGACAUCCUCGACUUUCAACCCGACCUAGACCACCCAAUGCCGGAGCUUGAUACUCAGGAGAGAACUUCCAACCAGGAGCAAGACCUAGUCUCCGAACCUGAAAAUUUAUAACCAAACCCUGCUGAAGCAUUUAGUUCGGUUGAGUACCCUGAGCAGCCCUGAACCUGGAGCAGUAUCCAACCCUGCAACACCAUCCAGUAAUCCUGGAUCUUUUAUAUUAAGUUCUCCUCAGCCAAACCGCAACAGCACCCCUCUGAAUUUCUAAACUCAUGUAACUCCCAUUAAUUGACACAAUUAUUAGUGUCCUUGCAGUACAAAUAUUUACAAUGAUAACUUAAUUUAGAAUGCCCUUGGAUCCUAUAAUGAUUGUUUAUUUUUUAUUAUUCUUUUUUGAAAUUCUCCAUUUAACUUCCUCUGCCUUACACCUUGCCUUGCCUUCCCCUCAAAAAACUAUGCAUUUUUAUAAAAUGAAACUUUUUAAAAUGAAUCCCGAGAUUUUUCAACCUUUUAACUAAUAUCCUUCACAGUACACAAGUCGUAGUUAGAAUUACUUAGAUGAAUUAAUCACAGUAAAUCAAGCACUAUCGUAGGAGGUAGACUUCUGGUCUUGGGCGUUAAAUUCCUUGUUGUUUCCUUAUUUAUCCUUUUGCCCUUUUUCUUUAGCAUUCCUUUUCUAGCUAUUAUCCUGGUUUAAAAUUUGGCACAAAAACAUCACAUAAAGAGCUUAGACUAAUCAUGUUAAAAGAAUGUCGGAGAAUUAUCGGAGAUGACCAAUACUUGGUCUCUACUCUAGUCAGAUUACACAAAUAAACUUAAACCCAUGUA